AAAUGGAUCAUAUGCUUCAACAUUCUCAAUACUUUGUUAUUUUAUUUAUCUCUAUAUAUGCGUCCUAAUUAGAGGGCUCUCUCAAACCGGCUUCCAAAACAACCUCAUGAUUCAUCCUUUCUUCCAUCUUCUAUUGCUUUUUGGAUGGAAAAUUCAACGAACUCUAUGAACAAGUGUACUUCCAUUUGUUCUGAUCAAAGAAGUGCCUCUGAAUCUCCAGAGGAGAGUGGUUGGACUAUGUACUUGGACGAUUUCUCAGUCAAAAACAGCAGAGAACAAUACAGUUAUUGCUCGUCUGGUUUUGAAAACUCUUCUCUGGUUUCUGAUGCUGCUAAUAAUUCUUUGGCCGGAAAAAGGUCUGAUAGAAGUGAACAAGGUGGAAGCUUGUCUAUGGUUAAAAGUAGCAACAGAUCGAGCUUCAAGAAGAGGAAAACAAAAGGAGCUUUGGUAGAUGAUCACGAUGCUUUAGAAGAUACUGCUAGUUCUCCAAAUUUGAACAGUACCACUCCGGCCGAGGAGAAAGCUGUCCGCAUUUCAGUAAAGAUAGAUGAGAGAUCAACUGAAGUAGUGGGUUUUGUUGAAAGAGAUUGUUGCGACUGCGCAGAAAUAUUGAAGAAGAGGCCGGGCCUUUGCUUAGCUCCUCUGUCAAGGAUAAUGAACUAUUUUGGAUGAUUCCAGUUUCCUCAUGAUGAUCUGUACAAUAUAUAUCAAUGCAUCUCUCUCUGUGAUCUGAUCUGUGCACGAACAAAAGCAUAUAUACAUAUAUCAUGCUGAUCAGCUAGAUGUUGUACGUUGUAUGUAAUCAAAUUGAGUGACAUUAUUACUUA